GCACAGACAGCCCACACAGCCGCCCUCUCUGGGGGACAAGCUGGCCUUCCACGGGCGCGCCCAAGCCCCCUCCUCAGGGCGUCGUCCGCGGGCAUGCGGUGGAGACACAGCGCAGCAGAACUGAAGAUGUAGGCAUCGUGAAGUUCAUGUGUAGACACAGCCUCCCUGUGUGCACCUGAGUGUAUACAGCCGGCGCUCACGACGCCAGGGCAGCUGUUUGCAGCCGAUUGAUCCUUUACCAAAGGUUGCUCUGUGGGGUCUCACUUAACUCUCGAAACGCCAGGCCGUUGGAAUGGAGAACUCCCUGACUGAGUGUGCUAAGGGUGAGCAUUUCCACACGGCCACCCCUCUGCUGGAGAGCUGGGCACUAUCCCAGGUGGCAGGCACUACUGUCUUCCUCAAGUGUGAGAACGUGCAGCCGGCCGGCUCCUUCAAGAUCCGGGGCAUUGGGCAUUUCUGCCAGCAGGUGGUCAAGGAGGGAUGCAGACACUUGGUGUGCUCCUCAGGGGGCAACGCAGGCAUUGCUGCUGCUUAUGCCGCUAGGAAGCUGGGCGUCCCUGCCACCAUUGUGCUCCCUGAGGGCACCUCCCAGCAUGUGGUGAGGAGGCUGCAGGGGGAGGGGGCUGAAGUUCAGCUGGCUGGAAAGGUCUGGGACGAGGCCAGUCUGAAGGCACAAGAGUUGGCUAGGAGGGACGGCUGGGUGAACGUCCCUCCGUUUGACCACCCCCUGAUCUGGGAAGGCCAUGCUAGCCUGGUGCAAGAGCUCAAGGCAGCACUGGGGACCCCACCGGGGGCCCUGGUGCUGGCAGUAGGCGGUGGAGGGCUCCUGGCUGGGGUGUCAGCUGGCCUCAUAGAGGUGGGCUGGCAGCGUGUGCCCAUCAUCGCUGCAGAGACCCAAGGGGCACACUGUUUCAAUGCAGCCAUCAAGGCAGGCAAGCUAGUGACACUGCCAAACAUCACCAGUGUGGCCAAGAGCCUGGGUGCCAAGACUGUGGCCGUGAGGGCCCUGGAGUGCACAAAGGAGCUGGAGAUCUUCUCUGAGGUCGUGGACGACUCCCAGGCCGUGAGUGCCGUGCAGAAGUUCCUGGACGAUGAGCGCAUGUUGGUGGAGCCUGCCUGCGGGGCAGCGCUGGCUGUCAUCUACUCAGGCCUCCUGGGGAGGCUCCAGGCUGAGGGCCGCCUGAGCCCCUCGCUGGCCUCGGUCGUGGUCAUUGUGUGUGGAGGCAACAGCAUCAAUAGUCAAGGGCUGCAGGCUCUGAAAGCCCAGCUGGGGUAGAGCCGAGGGCUCCUUGUCCGGACGGACACACCUGCAGCUGGCUGAGGGGCCUCUGUGCUCGCAGACGACCGUGGAACCUGGCUGCCAGCUGCCUCUUACAGGAAGCCCUCCUGUGGCUCCCCUGCAGCCCUGGCCAAUCAACACUUUCUGAGUUGGAUUUGCAAUUCCGGCUGGUCCAGUCCUUCCUGCCCCAUGAGCUCACAGAAGGCACACAGAAACCUCGAGGCUGGCUCUGGGGUAAAGCCUCUCUUGCUACAUCACACGGCUUGGAUGAUAAGGCCAAGGACUCAAAACUUGGGUCUCUGAGGGAAUCUAGUCAUGCUGAACUCCCACAAAGGCUUUCCUCACCUGGGGGACCUGCUCGGGAGGAGAGGGAUGCUCAGGCCUGGACAGGCAAGGACAAUAUGACCAGUCUUUACCAACUCCUUAAAAAAAUUUUUUUUUAACAUUUAUUCAUUUUUGAGAGACAGAGUGGGGAGAGCAGAGAGAGAG